UCCAAAUUCCAAUCCAUCCAGCGCUGUCCAGCCCACCUUGACAUGACAUCUCUCUCUUACGCCAUAGCCGGCGGAUAGCACUUCCAUUCUCUCUGAUCAAUGAAUUGGGCGGAUGGAGAUCCAUUUGAAUCGUCCAUCCUUUGAAGCUCUUCCUCGUUGGCGCUGCUGUUGGAGUGUCGGAUCGAAAGGAAUUUGGUACCGGACUGAUCAGAAAAAGCAGCUCCUCUCUCUCUCUCUCUCUCUCUCCCCUUUGUCUCUUUGAUCUUUCGUUUUCUUUGGUCCGUGAAGAAAUGACAGUACGUGCGACAGUCGCCCCCACUAAAACGCACUAAAGAAGAAGAAGAAAAGGAAAAGGGAGCGAAUUCUUUUUUCCCUCUAUCUAUCUAGCGUUUUCGGUGUCUUCCCAAUCGAGAAUCUCUGGGAAACAAGCAAGAAGCGAUCGAUCAGGCGGCUGCCCACAUUCCAAAGCGAUCCUGGAAAUGAUGGGCUUGUGCUGAAAUUGCGCAAUUUCGUCGCGCCGAUUGCGAUUCGACGCAGCGAAAACAGAGGAUCCGUCUUCCUCUUUUUUUCCUUUGGGGAGAGAUGGGCAGAGCGUUGCUGUUCUUGAGCUGCUGGAUCUUUCUCCUGGGCUGGAUUCACGAAUGUGGCAGCGCAGCAGCAGCAGCGGCAGUCCCGGGCAGAUCCAAGUUUCUGGCGGAGAAGAUCGUGGCGAAGGCGGCGGCGGUGGAGAUCAACACGAGCAACACAAUCUGGCGGGUGUCAGAGGGAUUUCUGUGCGCCACGCUCGAUUGGUGGCCCGCGGAGAAAUGCGAUUAUGGGACUUGCAGCUGGAAGGAUGCCUCGCUCCUCACCAUGGAUCUCAAGCACCCACUGCUGGAAAAUGCCAUCAAAGCUCUCUAUCCACUCACAUUGCGCCUGGGCGGAUCGCUCCAGGACCGAUUGUUCUACAAAGUCGGGAGGAGCGCGCAGCGGCCAUGCUCCAACUUCGUCAAGCAGCAAAAUUCCAUCUUUGGAUUCUCCGAGGGCUGCCUCAACAUGUCGCGCUGGCUGGAGCUCAACUCACUGUUCCAAAGGACAGGAGCUUCUGUGGCAUUUGGAUUGAAUGCUCUCAAUGGCCGCCAGCGCGUUUCCAAAGGGGUUUACUCAGGAUCCUGGGAUUCGACAAAUGCCGAAGAUUUCAUCAAGUUCACCCACGACAGUAAAAUCGCCAUCGCGGCUUGGGAGCUUGGCAACGAACUUAGUGCCAAUGGAGUUGGCACGACGAUCAACUCUCGUCAGUACGCCACCGACGUGAAAUCUCUUCGCGAGAUCAUCGACGGGAUAUAUGGCGACCAGAUCGACAGGCCGAUGGUGGUUGCUCCCGAUGGAUUCUUCGUGGCGGCGUGGUAUCAGCAGCUCUUGCAGUCGACAGGGCCGCGAGUGCUGGACGCAGUGACGAGGCACAUUUACAACCUUGGAGCUGGCGUCGAUCGCCACCUCAUCCAGAAGAUUCUAAGCCCGACAUAUCUCAGCCAAGAGGCCGGAGCUUUCAAGCAAAUGCGUGACACCGUCUCGAGAUAUGGUCCCUGGGCUCAAGCCUGGAUUGGAGAGGCCGGAGGAGCAUACAACAGCGGCCAGCACCUUGUCAACGAUGCGUUCGUGUCUAGCUUUUGGUAUUUGGACCAGCUUGGCAUGGCUGCAUCGCACAGCACUGCUGUCUACUGUCGUCAAAGUCUCGUAGGCGGAAACUACGCACUGCUUCGGACAAAUAGUUACAAUCCCAAUCCGGACUACUACAGUGCUCUUUUGUGGAAACAAGUAAUGGGCAAUGACGUCUUGCCUGCGACAGUGGUCAGCGAGACUUAUCUUCGCGCAUAUGCACACUGUGCAAAAUCAAACUCGGGUGGACUAGCCGUUCUUCUCAUCAACAUGAGCAACUCCACGGUCUACAGCGUGAGGCUCAAACUCUCGGGCUUUGCAAAGAGCAGCAAAGGCUCUAGUCGAACGCCCCGGCUUGAAUACCACUUGAGUGCUCCCCUGACGGAUCUCCAGAGCCAGCGCAUACACCUUAACGGCAAACUCCUCGACGUGACUCCAGAUGGCAACAUCCCCGUUCUGAAGCCAAUCUCGGUGGAUUCCAAGCAGCCCAUCACGAUUGCCCCGCUCAGUAUUGCAUUUGUUGUGCUGCCUGAUGCUAAGCUCCAGGCAUGCACCAUAAUUGAGUGAAACUUUUUAGGAGGAAAAAAUGUACAAAUGGAGCAAGUUCCACUAAACGUAUAAGUUGACAAUCUACGUUAUAAUUUUAAAUAUUUGUAUAUUUGAUUGAA